AUGAGAUCGAGAGCUCGCCUCACCCGUCCUCGACCACGCGUCAUCUUUUCACACGGCAACAGCAACACCACUACCACCACAAGUGUCAACACAAACAAGACCACCAACAUCAAGAUGGCAGCCGCAGCCGCAGCAGCAAGUGCGCCGCAGCCUGGGAUUGAGCCCUCUAUCCCUCAAAUCUUCACUUCGGAGCCCCUCAUCCGCGACGACUUGUUCACAGAGUCGUCGCGCGUGCAGGACGCAACCGUUGACGAAUGUCUGCCCUUCCUCAAGGCCCAGGAACACUCCUCCUGCAACUCCCACGGGCUGCCCCAUCUGGACCGUCGCCGCCAUGUCAACUUCCUGCAUAAGCAGCUUGGAAAGCUGCCGGGAGGCUUCAUGUCCGCCGACCCCAGCCGUCCCUGGAUCUUCUACUGGUGCCUCGCCGCACUCUCCCUCCUCGGCGAGGAUGUCUCGUCGUAUCGCCAGAGCCUCGUCGACACGGUCCGCCCCAUGCAGAACCCCGACGGCGGCUUCGCUGGCGGCUUCGGCCAGACGUCGCAUCUCGCCACCACGUAUGCAACCGUCCUGUCGCUGGCCCUAGUCGGCGGCGAGGACAGCUACGACCUUGUCGACCGCCGUGCCAUGUGGAGAUGGCUAUGCUCCCUCAAGCAGCCCGACGGGGGCUUCCAGAUGGCCCUUGGCGGCGAGGAGGAUGUCAGGGGGGCCUACUGCGCGUCCGUCAUCAUAUCGCUCCUCAACAUCCCUCUCGAGCUGUCACAGGACUCGCCAGCACGCUCCGCUGGCCACACUGGUCUGUUCACAGGCCUCGCCGAUUAUGUACGCCAAUGCCAAACGUACGAGGGCGGCGUGUCGGCAAAGCCGGGCGUUGAAGCACAUGGUGCAUAUGCCUUUUGCGCCCUCGGAUGCCUCUCCAUCCUCGAUUCUCCACAUCGAGCCAUCCCGCGUGGUGACAUGGGAGCAUUGCAUGCUGACCCAGACCUGAUCGUCCCCUUCUCCAGCUAUCUCGACGUUCCACUGCUUAUCUCUUGGUUGUCCUCCCGUCAGUACGCCCCCGAGGGCGGUUUCUCGGGUCGUACCAACAAGCUUGUCGACGGUUGCUACAGCCACUGGGUCGGAGGUUGCUGGCCCCUGAUCGAGGCCGCCCUCAACGGGCCCGGAGGGGAGGCGGCGGCCGGUUCUGGCGGCCACCCGCUCCCUGCCGCAAGGAAUAGCCUCUUCAGCCGCGACGGCUUGAUCCGCUACAUCCUCUGUUGCUGCCAGGACCAGUCUAAACGGGGUGGCCUGAGAGACAAACCGAGCAAGUACUCGGACGCCUACCAUACCUGCUAUGUGCUCUCCGGCCUGAGUUCAGCGCAGCACAAGUGGGACCUGGUUGCUGCUCGCACCCACGAGGCAAUUGUGGCGGGAGAUUCAUGGUCUGUGUCACCUUAUAUGGAAGGUGAACAGAUCUUUGACGAGGAGGAUCGCGUCGCCACGGUGCACCCCGUCUACGUUAUCCCCAAGCACAAGGUGGAAGAGAUCCAGAACUACUUUGCAUCCAAGCACGGCUUUUGA